UACCCGCACGCCGCGGUCAACGGGUUACUGUUGGCGCCGGCGCCGCAGUCGGGAGCGUGCCUGUGCCUCACCGACUGUGUGCCGCUGUUCCACAGCCACCUGGCCCUGUCCGUCAUGCUGGAGGUCGCCCUCCACCAGGUGCGGCUGCUGGGCGCGCACCACCCACCGUGAAACCCCCAACUCCCCCAGCCCCAGCCUGUGCCCGGCCUCUAGCAGCGUGAACACCCGCAGGCCGCCGACUGAUGGCCCCUUUCCCAUGGCAGGUAGAUGUGUGGGGCGCGCAGGCCGGCCUGGUCCUGGCUGGGUACUACCACGCCAAUGCGGCUGUCGGUGACCAAAGCAGUGUCUGAGCACCUGUUUCCCACAGCACUCAAGCAUCAAGCAGUCCUGCAUGAAGCAUCAAGCAGACCUGAACCCCCCAGGUUAACUACAGGGAAAGGCACUCACUGCAUCCAUGUCCGUGAGAUCUGGAAAGCACAGCUCAGAUGGACAGGGUCUCCAGUCGGCUCCUCACUCCUCUGAUCUUCCCUCUACACAGCCCUGGGCCCCUAGCCUUGAAAAUCGCUGGGCGGAUUGCAGAAUUCUUCCCUGAUGCAGUACUUAUUAUGUUGGAUAAUCAGAAACUGGUGUCUCAGCCUCAUGUGCCCCCAGUCAUCGUUCUGGAGAACCAUGGUCUCCGCUGGGUCCCCAAGGACAAGAACUUAGUGAUGUGGAGGGACUGGGAGGAGUCACGACAGAUGGUGGGAGCACUACUGGAGAGCCGGGCCCAGCAGCACCUUGUGGACUUUGACUGCCACCUUGAUGACAUCCGGCAGGACUGGACCAACCAGCAGCUCAACACCAAAAUCACUCAGUGGGUUGGUCCCACCAAUGGAAAUGCCUGAGCCAGGGCCAUGGGGUGUGUGUGUGUCAGGAUCCAAUAAAGAGACUUGAGCUGGUGGAUA